AUGCAGCAAGCAUAUGACAGCAUGUCUCUGCCUUCUGUCAUGAUCAGGAGCAUCGGGAACAGCACCAGUCCCCGCUUCUGUCUCCGGUGGCUGUGUCAGUCUGAAAGAGCACAUGCAUCAUUCUCUGGUCUGCAGCAGGGCGCCCUCUGCAGCCCGAAGAAGGGAGUUCUUUGCUGCAAAGAACUGUGCUCAGCGGAAGACCUGUCCAAGAAGCUGCUUUUGAGGUCUGUCAAGGAGGUCCCCACCAGGGUGGUCACAGCCACACAGACCAGAACCCAGGCAGCUCUCUGGCAUCCUACUGGGCCUAUCCCAGUGAAGCAGCCUGAAAACACUGGGCACUUUGCCAUCAACUACUUCCCAGACACAGACGCUCAGGCGCCUCCAGCUCUGGGAAUCCGUGUCCACCCUGCUUCCGGAACACUUCUUCGUCUGCUGGUGGACUUCGGGGACGGUUGCAGAGCUGAGAUGAGACUAUGUACAAUGACAGGUGCAGCUGCAGUGACUAGCUGCCACAGGUACAGGAAAGAAGGAGUCUACAAGCUCAGGGCUGUUGUCCAUGACGUUCAUGGAGCUGAUGUGGAACUGGGGCCGUAUUACGUGAACAUUGGCCAUGAGAAUGUGUCUGUAUUCAUGAACUCCAGCUCUACCCACGAGGGUGAAGCCCUUUCCUUUGCCGACUUCCUCCCACUGCAGAAAGGCACAGUCGUGAUGCACUGCUUUUCAUCUACAUCCUCAUACAAUGUGUCCUUUGUUUCUCAGCCCUCAGUGGGCAGCGGCCGGGCUUGGCUUGGUGUGACUGUCGGGUAUAAGAUGCAAUCUGUGUCCGUCUACACCCACAGCACUGUGUUUGCUGCAGACACAGACAUCACAUUUGUGGCUGUUACCAAGGAAACCAUACCCCUGGAGUUUGUAUGGUAUUUCGGAGAUGACCCACCCGUGAGGACAUCUUCCAGAAGCCUUACAAGAAGGCUGAGCAUCCCUCAGAGGUACCACGUGAUAGUCGAGGCCAGCAGCAGGAUCGGCAGUGUGGUGUCUGAGUCCCACCUCAUCAGCAUACAGAAGAGGAUCAUGGCCAAUCGGCUCAUGUCCCCGGCCUCAGCCCUGGUAAAUGCCAACGUGUCCUUUGAGUGCAGGCUCAACUUUGGCACGGAUGUGGCCUAUCUUUGGAACUUUGGAGAUGGUACCAUCGAGACGGGCAACAGCUCCUGCAGCCAUGUUUACAGCAGGGAGGGUGAGUUUACAGUUGAAGUCCUGGCCUUCAAUAACAUCAGCUCCGCCGUCCUAAGGAAGCCGCUUUUCAUCGUGCACGAGCCUUGCCAACCACCUCCGGUGAAGAACAUGGGGCCUAAGAAGGUGCAGAUAUGGCGCUCUCAGCCCCUGAGAUUGGCAGUGACACUGGAAGCUGCAGUCCUCUGUAACAUUUCCCAAGGGCUUUCCUACACCUGGGCCAUUGCGGAUGCUGAGGCGACUGUCAUCACCCUCCCUGCUGCCGUCAACACCCUCGGGCAGACCAUUGUGCUCCCCAGCUACACCCUGGAGUGUGGGAACUACACUGCUACAGCCAAGGUUCAGAUCAAGGGAAGUAUGGUGUAUAGCAACUACAGUGUUGGUGUGGAAGUUCGAGCCAGGGCUCCUGUCAGUGUGAUCUCUGAAGGCACCCACAUCUUCAUCCCCAGGGCCACCACGACCUCCAUCAUCCUCAGAGGCUUCCAGUCCUAUGACCCUGACAACCCAGGGGCUGCUCUCAGGUAUCACUGGACUUGCACCGCAGCCAGUUCACCAAGGUGGCCCUGCUUUGAGGACUCUACUCCAUACCAAGUAGACACUCAGGCUCCUGCCAUUUCCUUCCCGGCAAAAUGGCUCAGUGGGUGCUGUGACCAGUUCCUUGUGACCCUGACAGUCUCCAGCAAUGGGCAGAACUCUUCUCAGGCCUUGACAUUCCUGUCCACCCAUUCAGACCCAGACUUCAGAUUCGUCCACAUCUUGUGGGUCAACUUUAGAGACAUCCGUGUAAACUGGAAUGAAGAACUGUCUCUCCGGGCUGUGUGUGAAGACUGUGAUGAUAUACCCGACCUCACUUAUUCCUGGGAUCUCUUCCUGGUCAACGCAACAGAAAAGAACACCAUGGAAGGUAACAUGGCUACUCUUUUUCUGAUGAAUACAAAAAGGGUCAUGUAUUGGCUUCCUCGGCACCAGGCCACAACCAUGUGCCUGGGUCUUGAUCUGGCAUCGGGGUUCCAUGGCAGGCUUGUUUACAGCAGCACCAUGCUUCCUGGGAAGGCGGGAACAAGUGUUCAGUCACCCCAGAUGUGGCACCAAGACACACCCCUGAUGAGCAGUCCACUCAAGUCAGGAGCAUCACUGGAGGACAACCUGUGGUUAGGAGAAAUAGCUGGAGUCUCAGGUAUGAAUUCUGGGGCCCUCUCCCUGCUUCUGCUAGGGAGUUUUGGCAGCCAAGCCCCCACCGCCUCUGUCCUGUUUCACUUCUUGUGUUUCCAGGACUAUGUAAGGUACUGCAGCCACCUCAGCCUUGAGGUGGCAAUGGUUAACCCAAACUCUCAGACAAUAUCUUUGCCCCGCAGCACCAUGGGGCUGCUGGGUGUUUCGGCAUCUGGCGCUAUUCUGAAGUUGUCUCAGUCAGACCUGCAGUCAAGCCUGAGAGGAUCCCUGUCACGACACUCACAAGAGCGGUUGCCCAUGCCCCCGAGCUGGACAGCUCUUCACAACCAGGGAAGCAUUUCUGCUGAGUCCACAGCAGGAGGACACCACAUUCUUGCUGUGGUGGGUCCCAUGGCAGGCUCGGGGGAGCCCAUGGAGGACUCCAGCCCAUUGAGUCCAGCACCAGGUUCUCUGGAUGAGGAAGCUUUGAUGAUGAGCACCCCAGAGGGAAGCUGGCCUCCUUCUAGCUCCUCCCCUGCCUUUGACGAUUUUGAAGCCUAUUAUAGUGACAUCCAAGAAGACGUGCCAUCCCCUGGAAGACAGCCAGGGACCAGUACCAGUUUCCGGGAAUCAGGACCAAGCAUGAAUGCUGAGAAGAGUACCAGUGAUGGGGACAACCUGCUGGGCCCUUUCCUACACACAGGCAGAACAAAGCCGGCUCUCAUGAUUGACUGGCCCAAGGCCCAGGUCAGCCGAGCUGUCUUCCACAGCUACACCUCCUCAGGUACCAUGGGACCGGAUGUGACAAUAAGACCCUUCUCACUCAUCAGUGGCGAGAUGUAUGUCUUGCAGGCUUCUGUAGCUUCAAAGAAGGUCUUACUAGGCAAAGCUCAGCUCUACAUAACGGUCAACCAAGUUCCACAGGACAUGUCCUGUCAGGUGCGACCCCACAGUGGUAUGGAGGCACAUACCAUCUUCAGUGUCUUCUGCAUGUCAGGGAAACCGGACUUCCAUUAUGAAUUUCACUACCGGGUAGGAAACACUUCUCCACAUACCCUGUACAGCGGACGAGAUACCCAGUACUACUUUCGAUUGCCAGCUGGUGAGCCCUCAGACAAUUACAAAGUCAUUGUUUCUACUGAGAUCACAGAUGGCCAAGGCUCCAAGGUGCAGCCAUGCAGUGUGGAAGUGACUGUGCUACCCCGUUACCAUGGAAAUGACUGCCCUGACAAGGACCUAUACAACUCCACCCUGGACACCCUGUCUUCUCUCCAGCUGGUGGGGAGUUACACAGAAGUCAGGAACUACAUCGCCAUGACCACUGUGAUCCUGAAUCGUUUGUAUGUGGAGAGCAGAAACACAUCUACCUGUGGCCUAUGGGCACAGAUACAGGAUGUAUUGAUUUCUUCAGCAUGCAGAGUACCUUUUACAGACCAGGAAGCAAUGGUAGACUCUAUUCAUAUACUGAGAGACCUCAUAAGCUUCCCUAAUAAGUUGAGCUUUAUGAGUGCUGUGCACAUCCUCGAAUAUGCACAGAUGCUCCUGGCCCAAGGCCCGUUCUCCAGGAAGUUGCUGGUCAACAAAAACCUGGGAGUUGAGCUUAUUUUUCUCAUCUCUGGAGUCUGGGAAGCUGCCAAAGAAGAUAUGAGAAAGGAGGACUCUCUGCAGGAAGAAGGCAUGAAGAUCAUCUCUGACAUGUUACUAACCUGUCUCUCCUUGAGCCACCAGCUUCAGCUUCACAUAAGCACUGGGAAGAUGGAAUUCUGGACCCUUCUCCAUCACAGCUUCCAGAAGUCUAGUCAGAACCUGGGCUUCAUCUGGGUCCAUUUCCCUGGCUACCUGACCUUGCGCCGUCCUGCUCAAGAGGCAUCCCAAAGCCCAUGCUACAUCAGCCAGCUCAUGCUCUUCACGAAUAGCCCUUACCCAGAGGGACGAGGUCCUGGACAGGUGGGCAGCGUGGUGAGCCCUAGAUUCUACAGCUGCAAGAGUAGAAGCCCCAUUCUCAGAGGACGGCUGGAGACACCUGUGACAGUGGAGUUUGGGGAGGAAGACCACCUGGUAAAGACAAGACAUCCAACCGUGUUCACCUUGCUUCGGGAUGAGGUGAAUCUCCACCGGUUCACUGGGCUUUCUGAAAACCCCCAGGAAACCUUACAGAUACGCAUCAGAUUCUUGAAGCCCAGAACAAGAGCCUUCCCCGUCAUGCUGCUAGUAAGGUUCUCCAAGAAGGCCACGCCUUCGGAUUUUCUUGUGAAGCAGGUGUACUUCUGGGAUGAGCAGACUGUGCAAAUUUAUGUACCUGCUGUUCCGCGGAAAGGAGCUGAUGUGGGGUAUUUGUCCCUAUUAGACGCUGAUUAUGACAGGAGACCUCCAAACAAAUACCUUGCUGGGGCAGUAAACUACACAGUGCAUUUCCAGUGGAUCCAGUGUGUGUUUUGGGACAAGACAGAGUGGAGAUCCGAAGGUCUCUGUCCGCAGCCCGGAACUUCUCCUGAGAGAGUCAACUGUAGCUACCAUCGCCUGGCGCCUUUCUCUGUCCUCAGAAGAAAGCUGAAUGCCACUUUCGAAGUGAGCAGCCUUUCUGAGUUUCGGAGUGACCCACGUAAUUUGCUUCCCGGGAUUUUCAGUGUGUUUCUCUUGGUUCUUUAUGGAAUUCUGGUGACUAAAAGCAGAUGUAUAGGUUGUCAAAAGAAAAAGAAACCUGGCUGUAUUUUUCUGGAAGGAGACACCCCACCUGGCCACCAGCUGUAUGCAGUUAUUGUUGACACUGGCUUCCGGUCACCAGCCCAAUUUACGUCAAAGGUUUUCAUUGUUUUAUGUGGUGAAACUGGACUCUCAGUAACCAAAGAACUCUGCUGCCCAGAGAUGUCUUUAUUUGGAAGGAAUUCCAGGCACAUCUUUAUACUGAGCACCCCUAACCAGCUGGGUCCACUCCAGAAAAUCCGGCUGUGGCACGACAACAGUGGACCGUCCCCAAACUGGUUCGUCAGCCACGUGAUGGUGAAGGAGCUACACUCAGGCCAAGGCUGGUUCUUCCCUGCCCAGUGCUGGCUGGCUGUGAGCUUAUGCGACGGCCGUGUGCAGCGAGAGCUCUUCUGCCUGCGCAAUGGUCUUGGCUUCUGGAAGCUUUUCUAUGCCAAGUUCACGGAGUACCUGGAGGAUUUCCACAUUUGGCUCUCACUGUACAGCCAGCCCCCCUCCAGCAGCUACCUGCACACACAGCGGCUUGCCGUGGCCUUCUGUCUCCUGUGUGUCUAUUCGUGCCUCACUGCCCUGGUCACUGUGGGAGUCCAUGAACAGCGCCCGCUGGGUGUGGGGCCCACUCUGGAAUCCUUCCGUCUGGGCCUCCUGUGCACCUUUCUGGCCUGUCCGGCUGCCCAGCUAUUGUCGCUGCUCUUCAGGUUCAGCAAGUCACACACUUGUUCCCCCACCCCAACAGGCCCUGAUCGCAAUGGGAGACCAGGUUUGAGGCAGCCAUCCCAGCAUCCUGCAUCAGACAUUCUCCCAGGGACUGACAGACCUUGGAGGAUGGCAGCCAAUAGCAGUGGUGUGACCUGUUCACCCUUUCUUGCUCCGAGAGAGAAGAGCCACCACCCUCCUCCUAGUUCACAAGCUCCCAGCGGUGGUUUUGAAGGGCUCGUGCCCCGGUGGUCAAGGGUCUGUCUGCGCUGGUCAAGCUCUGUGGUCUGGGCCAUUUGUGGGGUGGUGUCCCUGGCCUGUGACUUGGGGACAGGAUUCCUAGGCUACAGGUUUGUGCCAGAGCAGUGUAUAUGGUGGCUGCACCUGCUGCUUCUCUCUGUGGUCUGCUGCGUAUUUGUCACCCAGCCACUCAUGAUCUGUUUGGCAGCACUGGACUUUGCUUGGAAAAAGAAACAUGACAGCCAGUUUUUUACGGAGUCUUUACGUGAUGCAACCAAGGAUCUAGAUUUGGAAUUGGAAGAAUACUCCAGAACCCACCUUCCUCUUUCUCCCAGCUCCCACAGUCCUGAGAGUGCUGAGGAGGCCGAAAGGGUCUUGGCUGCAAGACAACGAGAUCGCCACCUGCGCUGGGCUCAGCCACCAUCCAGGGCCAAGUUCAGAGUGACCAGGGAGAGACUGAGGAAAGAGAACCAAAUGCAGGCAGCACUGAGAGGCAUUUCCACGCACAGCCUCAUGCUGCUGCUGCUUUUGUUUAUAACAUAUGGGAGAGUCUGCCCGGGUGAAUAUUCUCUCAACCAAGCCAUCAGGAAGGCAUUUACAAGAAAUGCCAGACACUCCUUUGGGGACCUGAACAGCACAGACGGCUGGUGGGACUGGACUCUGAGCAUGUUGCUGGAUGGGCUGCACCCAGAAGGACCCUCUGCUGGAGCCCGGGGGGCUCAGCCUGGAGCUCUCGGAGGGCAGUGCCACCUCAUAGGCCCUGCGGUGAUCAAGCAGCUCAGGGUUUCAUCUGGUACUGCAUGCACGCCUUCCAGGCCAGUCUCAGAGGCCACGGAAGAUGCACCACCUACCCAGAGUCAUGACCUUGACCUUGAGAACCUAAAACUGACCCCUAGUGGUCCUGAGGCCUGUGGGGCGAAGAAGAAGAUCUCCGUGUACAGCCUAGGAAGAACAAGGCACGACGUCCACGUAGCCCUGACUGCCCUCAGGACCGGCAGGUGGGUGGACCAGCGCACGAGGGCCAUGUCUAUACACUUCAUUCUCUACAACCCUCCCACGCGACUCUUCACCAGUGUGACCCUAGCUGCAGAGCUUCUCCCCACGGGAGGUCUUGUCCCCUCAUCCCUGGUGGAAUCAAUCAGCAUCUAUGGUGACUCAGCCCCACGCUACCUUCUUAUGCUUUCUGAGCUGGCGUUCCUAGUCCUCAACGUGACCCACCUCUGUUUCCAGCUCUGGGGAAUGGUCACCAAGGGCGUCCUCAGCUACUGGAGAAAACCAAGACCCUGGCUGGAGCUCUCUACGGUUGGGGUAGCCCUGGCCUACUAUACGGCCUCUGGUCACCUCACUACCCUUGCCGAGAAUGUCACUGACCAGUUCCACAAAGGACUUCGUCAGAUGUUUGUGGACCUAAGUCUGAUGGUGUCAUGGAAUCAGAGGGUAAGAUGGCUCCGGGGAAGCCUGCUGUUCCUCUGGAUGUUGAAAUGCGCUCACCUCCUCGGCCUCCUAAGCAGCAGGGCAGCCUUCUCCGCAGUGACGCGUUCAUCUCUCUCCAGAGCCCUGGCACCCGCACUGUUAGGGGCCCUGUCGCUGGCUGCCUAUUCCCACUUGUGCCGCUUUCUGCUCUUCACCGGGAUGCAAUCACCCGGCACCUCUACAGAUGCAUUUCCUGAGCUGCUGCUUCAGUUUCUGGGAAGAAACCAAAAGGACUCACUUCACAAUCGCUUGGAGUCUGGGCGUCGAGCCAUGGCUUGUUACUGCGGGGCCCUGUUUCUGCUGGUGGCCGCUCUGUGUUUUGGAAUGCUGAGGGCUUCCCUCCUGACUUUGUUCCGAAAAAGAAAGUCUGCUCAAAGAAAAUCUCAUGUGACACUUACAAAUGUUGCCGUUUAUGCAUGGCAUAAAGUCCUCACCAUUCUGGGGCUGGAAACAACUCUGGAGGAGACUGAGGUGGUUACGGAUCAGAAUUAUUACCUGGAUGAAUUUUCAAGCCUAUUGGAUGAACUUCUGGUAAAGAUUGAUGGUUUGUCUGACAGCCUAGAACUCUCUAGCCUAGAAAACCAGUGGAGGAGGACAGUGGAGUCAAGGACAGAGGAGAGUCCUCUCAUUGGCAUUCCAGGGUACCAUGCUACUGCGUUGUGUCCACCAAGGAGGACACAACUCCCAGCAGCAGAAAAAUCUCAGAAAGAUGAGCAAGGAUCGGGCAACUUUUGUAUCCAUUUAGCUCUGGGUGCGAUGGGCUUCUUCCAUGAAAUGGAAAGGGGCCACGAACACAGACAAGAGAAUGACAGUAAAGACAAGACUAUCCUAGACAUCAGGUUUCUCCAGCUCCCAGCCAUCUUCUCCCCAGCUGUGUUUGCAAGAGGGCAUCAACCAGAAACAAGCCUGCGAGAGAUCCUACACAGAGGACUCAGGACAGCAAACAACAGAGUUCAGCCUGCCCCAGCAGCAGGUCCAGAGAAUACAGUUAUCAGGAAGGUACCAGAAACUCACAGCAGCAGGUUACAGGAAGCUGUGUUCAGACAAUCAAGUGAAGACCCACUUCAUUGGCCAAUCUCAUUAGCGAAGAUAACACUGGAUAUUGGUAGUCCUAAACCCAAAGUGGAUCAACUUUUUGUGGCAAGCUCUGCUCUCAACUUUGAGAACAGAUCAGUGAAGGAGACCAACAGAAGGCUUGUUGGUAGUGGCUUACCUUCCAGUGGGGGGGAGGCACAUGGGAUAGCAAAUGACAUACACUGGACGGCUAUCAGGAAGCCGGGUAUCAGGAAGAAAAAUCAAGGAAGUGUGGCUGUCAGCUCCCCUUCACACCAGCAGAUGGAGACCACUACAGACAGACAACUAGUGAAAAUACAGAGAACUGUGGGGCACCCAGCUGAGACAUCUCCAACACAACCAUUGUAUCUACCUAGAGCUCGGAGAACAUCAAGGAAGAGGGCGGAGAAAGAUGAAAAGGGCCAGAAGACCAGGGAGUCUGUUGCAAGAUUAAGAGUUCUAGAUAUGCAUGGAAAUUGCACCCAUGAGAUUGCAGCAAGAGGACUACCUAAACAAGGACAACACCAGUUGAUGUGCCAGUGUGGAUGGGGAAAUCUGACAGCUCUUUUCCCCUACAGAUGA